AUGUCGCGCUUGAUUGUGAAAAAUCUUCCAGCAUAUCUGACGCCGGAUCGCCUCAGAAAGCACUUCGAACAACGAGGUGCUCCCUCUGGAACCAUUACAGAUGUCAAAAUUUCGAUGAAGCAAGAUGGCACUUCGCGACGAUUCGGUUUUGUUGGCUUCAAGACAGAUCAAGAAGCAACCGCUGUAAGGGACUGGUUCGACCGCACGUUUAUUGACUCGACACGAAUCAAUGUUAUGGUUGUCGAAGGCGCGAAAGAUGCUCCAGCUCCUCGACCAAAUAAGAGAAGGCGCCUAGAAGAUACUGCUGCAGACCUAGGACCUUCGUCGCGACCUCAUGUUCAGAAGGUAGACAAGAUUGGUAAGACAAGCGCACCAGCCCUUUCGACAUCAGCCUCUCCGCUAGAUCAGUUCAUGGAGGUAAUGCAACCUCGCACAACAAAGUGCCCGUCAUGGGCAAACGAAAAUAACGAAUCUCAUCCAGUCCUACCCGUCGACCCUCCUGAGACCAGAACGAAAUCUGAAGAGGCUGUCUCGGACCUCGAGUGGAUGCGACGUCGGAUGAACCUGGUGUCAGACCCACCACCCGAUCAAGUCUUCGAGCAAUCGGACGACGAGCACGACGUUAACCACAGCACUCCUCCCAAGGAAGACUCGGCAGCGAAGACCACGAUUAUGCAAACGUCUCGGUUAUUUCUUCGAAAUCUUGCCUUCUCGUGUACGGAAGCCGAGAUAAUGGAGCGAUUUCAACCAUUCGGCAAAGUUGAUCAGGUUCAUAUACCCAUCGACUCCAUGUCCAAGCAGCCUAAGGGUUUAGCCUACGUGACAUUCAAGCAGCCGACGUCUGCCCUCUCGGCGUAUGAGGCGCUGGAUAACACAUCUUUCCAAGGUCGUCUUCUCCACAUCCUUCCUGCUGUUGACCGUAAAGGCAAGUUUGAGGUGGUAGAGGGUGAGGGCAAAAAACAAUCGUUAAAAGAUGUGAGAGGUUCUCAGCGUAAGGCCGCAGCUGGGCGGGAGUUUAAUUGGAGUAUGUUGUACAUGAAUAGCGAUGCAGUGGCAUCGUCUAUCGCCGAUCGAAUGGGAAUUGCUAAGGCAGAUAUCCUCAACCCUGAGUCAGAUAAUGCGGCAGUGAAGCUUGCGCUUGCGGAGACACAUGUUAUCCAAGAGACGAAGUCAUACCUCGAGUCCCAGGGGGUCAUCAUAUCAUCGUUUUCUUCCCGGGCACGAUCUGACACUACCAUACUCGUGAAGAACAUUCCCUAUGGUACCACCGCGGAGCAAAUACGUGAGAUGUUUGAGUCACACGGGGAACUCAGCCGCGUCAUCGUACCACCGGCAGGUACCAUGGCAGUGGUAGAAUUUGGACAGGCAGAUGAAGCCGCCAAGGCCUUUCGAGCUGUAGCUUACCGACGUCUCGGAAGUAGUGUCGUCUACCUGGAGAAGGGUCCAAUGGGCAUGUUCCAAGAGACUUCAGAUACAGCAGGAAACUCCAGCCGUACACUAACAACUGCGUUCAAGCCGAUUACUAUCGCCGAGCAGGAAGCUGGCAGCGGCGCUGAUGAGGACGAACCUACUUUGUCGGCUGGGAUGACUUUGUUCGUCAAGAAUCUGGCUUUCAGUACCACCGCAGAGCGUCUGACGCAAGUCUUCCGGAAUCUUCCUGGAUUUUCGUUCGCGCGAGUACAGACUAAGCCUGACCCCAAACGACCUACCGUUCCGGGCGCUGAAGCCCCCCGGCUGAGUAUGGGGUAUGGCUUUGUGGGGUUCAAGACUGCCGAAGAUGCGAAGAAGGCUAUGAAGAGUAUGCAGGGCUUUACACUUGAUGGGCAUUCUUUGCACGUCAAGUUCGCUGGGCGCGGAACGGAAGACGAGCCCAAGGACAAGACAGUCGCCAAGAGCACGUCGACGAAGAUGAUUGUAAAGAAUGUACCAUUCGAAGCUACGAAGAAGGACAUUAGGGAGCUGUUCAGGUCAGUACAAUCUACCCCCUAUGUGUCUGAUAUCCCAUCAAACCCAUUCCCAUAUAGUGCGCAUGGCCAUCUCAAAUCUGUACGUCUUCCGAAGAAGUUCGACUCGCGUUCGCGUGGUUUCGCGUUUUUGGAGUUCCUCACUCGGCACGAGGCGGAGAACGCAUAUGCUGCACUACGACACACGCAUUUGCUUGGGAGACAUCUUGUACUUCAGUGGGCGGAAGAGGCUGAGCAGGACAUAGAAGUACUACGGAAGAAGGCGGGCGUGGGGUACGGUGACGGUGCUGAACUGCCUGGGCGUAAACGGAAACUUGAAAUCGCGGGAGAUAAUGCUGGUGGUGGUGGUGAUGUGGAAUGA